AUGCGCGACGUUUUCGAGACAAAUCUUCCAACCCCACCAUCUCCAAUCUCGUCAUUCGAGGUAGAUGAUGUUCUUCAAGAGCUGACCACUAAAGAGAAGAUUGAUCUUUUGUCAGGUGUUGAUUUUUGGCAUACUCAAAAUAUCCCCCGUCUCAAUGUUCCGUCAAUUUGUAUGUCGGAUGGACCCAAUGGUGUCCGCGGUAACCGAUUCUUUAACGGAAGUCCUGCAGCUUGUUUUCCAUGUGGAACAGCGCUCGCAGCAACAUGGGACCUUGACCUUCUUCUCAAGGCGGGGGGCUUGAUGGGCGAGGAAAGCAAAGUCAAAGGCGCCCAUAUACUUCACGGUCCCAACAGUUAA